GCCAUACUUGUAAUUUGUUUGUUUUUCUGGGCUCAGGGUUGGAGAAAUUACAAAAAAGACCCUUGUUUCUCUCAAUUUUAAGGGCACGAACGCCAUUGCAAAGAGAAAGUUGUUGGUUGGAUAGAGUGUUGUCAUUUCUCGAUGUGUAUUGUUUUCAUAAGGGGAAAGGAGCCAAAGCUUUUUCUAUCUAUCUAAUAUCUGUACAUGACGACAUUCUAUGAUGCCGCCAAAAUGACCACAUUGUGACACAUGAAGGUUUUAAUUAAUGCAAGACUCAACCCUUAUAAAAUCAAGAGCGACUUACAAGUUAUAUACCGGACAGAUCAAUCUCGGAGUGGCACACAAGCAUAUCCACAAUACCACCGUACAGUGGGACUACCGUCCACUAUCACCACUCGCCAUGGACAUGGAGAUCGAUCCUCCCAACUCAUCCGAGCAGCAACCCAAAGCCGAAGACUUGUUUAAAGCCGCUGAGGCUGGUGAUGCUUCGGUGUUCAAAUCGCUCUGUCAAAAGCAGCUUGCCGAAGCUUUGUCUCUCAGAAACGAUGACGCCCGCUCCGUCCUCCACGUCGCCGUCUCUUCGAGUAACUCUGAGGUGGUGAAGGUACUACUAGCUGCUGAUGAAUCAAAAAAUGUGAUAAACAGUGUGGAUGAAGAUGGAUGGUCACCGCUUCAUUCUGCUGCCAGCAUUGGGAAUUCUGGAAUAGUUGAGCUGUUGCUAAGCAAAGGAGCUGAUGUUAAUUUGAAAAAUGGUGGGGGUCGCUCUGCCCUUCAUUAUGCUGCCAGCAAGGGAUGGUUGGAGAUUGCUCAAAUUUUGAUCUCACAUGGGGCAAAGGUUAAUCUGAAAGACAAGGUUGGUUGCACCCCAUUGCACCGGGCAGCUAGCACUGCGAAAUCACAGUUGUGUGAACUUUUAAUUGAGGAAGGCGCAGAGGUUGACGCUGUUGAUAGAUUGGGUCAGACUCCUCUUAUGAGUGCAGUGAUUUGCUAUAACCAAGAGGUUUCUCUCCUUCUAAUAAGGCACGGAGCAGAUGUUGAUGUGGAAGACAAGGAAGGAUACACAGUGCUUGGUCGAGCUUCAAAAGAAUUCAGACCAUUAUUGAUUGAUGCUGCUAAGGCCAUGCGCGAAGGAUGAUUCUUUUGCACUAAAACUGUAAAACUUGUCUAAGGCAGAAGUUGCACUUGUGAUGUUUAAAAUGCCACCGUCAAUGACCAAUAGGAGCAAAGAGAAAAUAGGAGUUUUUCUUUUUACUUUUCAACCAAGGCUUUGUGGCAUGCAGACUGUUUUGAAUUUUAGUUUCAGUGAAUGUACCUCGAAGAUAUCGUUGUUUGGCAUUUUCUAAUUUCGAUUUAAAGCAAGUUCAGGCUCUCUGUUUUAGCAA